CCGCAUCUCACCUAUCCGGAAGCCCGCAAGUGUCGACGGCGCAUCAUUAUUCAUCGAGGCCCCACCAACUCAGGCAAGACAUACGGUGCCAUGCAAGCCGCCGCCGCCGCCAAGACCGCCAUGUUUUGUGCACCCCUUCGCCUAUUGGCCUGGGAACAAUACGAGCGCCUGCGCAACGGCCACCAGCGUGCCGAACUCCUCACAGGGCAGGAGAUGUAUACCUGUGCUGAUGCCACGCACCUGGCCUGCACUGUUGAGAUGACCGAUUUUUCACGCCACUAUGACGUGGCCGUCAUCGAUGAGUGCCAGAACAUUGGCUCUGCCGAACGCGGCUGGGCUUGGACCAACGCCAUUUUGGGUGCCCGUGCCGACGUUCUGUAUCUGAUCGAGGAUGGCUCAGCCACCCAGCUAUUGCAAAACAUUGCAAAGGUGUGCGGUGAUGACGUGGAGGUGAUUGACCACCAGCGCCUAGCACCUCUACACGUGCAGAGGGAGCCUUUGAUCAACUUCAGCCACUUGCGUGAGGGCGACUGCCUGAUUGGCUUCAACCGCCGGGAGCUGUUCAACCUCAAGGCCCAGGCUGAGGCUGCCACGGGACUCAAGUGCGCCGUCGUGUACGGCGCUCUACCUCCCGACGUGCGAAAGGCACAGGCCACACUCUUCAACGACCCCCACUCAGAUUACAAGCUACUGGCAGCCAGCGACGCCAUUGGCAUGGGCCUCAAUUUUGACAUUGGGCGCGUCAUUUUCUCUACCGUUUGGAAGUUUGAUGGGACGCAGCGCCGCGUCCUGCGUCCCACGGAGCUUCGCCAAAUCGCGGGUCGUGCUGGUCGCUACGGAAGCCGCUAUGCCGUGGGUGGAGAGGUCCUAGCCAUGUCCGAGUCGGAUACCGAGGUCCUUCAGCGAGCACUC